CCGGAAGUCACGUGCAGUGACAGCGGCUGGGGUGAGGCCCGCGUCGCGGCGGUGGCUGCUCGGGGCUGUGUCUGUGGGAGGUGCCGCGGUGAUGGCCGUGGACACUCUAUCGCCCGACUGGGACUUCGACCGCGUGGACGACGGCUCUCAGAAAAUUCAUGCUGAAGUCCAGCUUAAGAACUACGGGAAGUUCCUUGAGGAGUAUACAUCUCAGUUAAGAAGAAUUGAGGAUGCCCUAGAUGAUUUGAUUGGUGAUGUUUGGGAUUUCAAUCUUGAUCCUAUAGCAUUAAAGCUUCUGCCAUAUGAACAGUCUUCCCUUUUGGAACUCAUAAAGACUGAAAACAAGGUCCUGAACAAAGUCAUCACUGUUUAUGCUGCACUUUGUUGUGAGAUCAAGAAAUUAAAAUAUGAGGCUGAAACUAAGUUUUACAAUGGUCUUCUGUUUUAUGGUGAAGGAGCUACAGAUUCCAGCAUGGUGGAAGGUGACUGCCAAAUUCAAAUGGGGAGAUUCGUUUCAUUCUUACAGGAACUGUCCUGCUUUGUGACGAGAUGCUAUGAAGUGGUGAUGAAUGUAAUCCAUCAGCUGGCUGCCCUGUAUAUCAGCAACAAGAUAGGACCCAAAAUUAUAGAGACAACUGGAGUUCAUUUUCAGACUAUGUAUGAGCACUUGGGAGAACUACUAACAGUCUUACUUACCCUGGAUGAGAUUAUUGAUAAUCAUGUCACGCUGAAAGACCACUGGACUAUGUACAAAAGGUUGCUGAAAUCUGUCCAUCACAACCCUUCGAAAUUUGGAAUUCAGGAUGAAAAAUUAAAGCCCUUUGAGAAAUUCUUGCUGAAGCUGGAAGGGCAGUUACUUGAUGGAAUGAUAUUCCAGGCCUGUAUUGAACAGCAGUUUGAUUCUCUCAAUGGAGGAAUAUCUGUGUCAAAAAAUACCACUUUUGCAGAAGAGUUUGCACAUAGCAUUCGCUCAAUUUUUGCAAAUGUGGAAGCCAAGCUUGGUGAACCUUCUGAAAUUGACCAGAGAGACAAGUAUGUUGGAAUUUGUGGGCUCUUUAUACUGCACUUUCAGAUUUUUCGAACUGUUGAUAAAAAGUUUUAUAAGUCUUUAUUGGACAUUUGUAAGAAGGUGCCAGCCAUCACUUUAACUGCUAAUAUUAUUUGGUUUCCUGAUAAUUUUCUGAUUCAUAAAAUGCCAGCAGCUGCCAAACUUCUAGACAGAAAAAGUCUUCAAGCCAUUAAAAUACACAGGGAUACCUUCCUACAGCAGAAAGCUCAGUCACUUACCAAAGAUGUGCAGUCUUACUACGUUUUUGUGAGCUCAUGGAUGAUGAAGAUGGAGUCUAUGUUAUCUAAAGAGCAGAGGAUGGAUACAUUUGCUGAAGACCUUACCAACAGAUGUAAUGUUUUCAUACAGGGUUUCUUAUAUGCAUACAGUAUUAGUACCAUUAUUAAGACCACAAUGAAUCUCUACAUGUCCAUGCAGAAGCCUAUGACCAAAACCUCAGUGAAGGCAUUAUGCAGGCUCAUUGAACUUCUCAAGGCAAUAGAGCAUAUGUUCUACAGGAGAAGCAUGGUUGUGGCAGAUUCAGUGUCACAUAUAACACAGCACCUUCAACAUCAGGCUCUUAAUUCUAUUUCUGUAGCCAAGAAAAGAGUAAUUUCAGACAAAAAAUAUAGUGAACAGCGUCUUGAUGUGCUAUCUGCUCUUGUUUUGGCUGAAAACACCUUAAAUGGACCAAGCACAAAACAACGACGACUUAUUGUUUCUUUGGCAUUGAGUGUUGGCACACAAAUGAAAACAUUUAAAGAUGAAGAACUCUUUCCCCUUCAAGUAGUCAUGAAGAAGCUGGAUAUUAUCAGUGAGCUUAGAGAGCGAGUCCAAGCACAGUGUGACUGUUGUUUUUUAUACUGGCAUCGCGCUGUCUUCCCGAUUUAUUUAGAUGAUGUGUAUGAGAAUGCUGUCGAUGCAGCUAGAUUACAUUACAUGUUCAGUGCUUUACGAGACUGUGUGCCUGCCAUGAUGCAUUCAAGGCAUUUAGAGUCCCAUGAACUGCUUCUGGAUUGCUAUGACAAAGAAAUUAUGGACAUUUUAAAUGAGCAUUUGCUGGACAAGCUGUGUAAGGAGAUCGAGAAGGACUUGCGGCUUUCUGUGCAUACUCACUUGAAGCUGGAUGACCGGAACCCCUUCAAAGUUGGCAGAAAAGACUUGGCUCUGUUUUUCUCUCUGAACCCUAUUCGGUUUUUCAAUCGAUUCAUUGACAUUCGAGCUUAUGUAACUCACUAUCUAGAUAAGACUUUCUACAAUCUCACAACAGUAGCUCUUCAUGAUUGGGCCACUUACAGUGAAAUGAGAAAUUUGGCUACGCAGCGUUAUGGGUUGGUAAUGACAGAGGCACAUCUUCCUAGCCAGACUUUGGAGCAGGGACUCGAUGUCCUGGAAAUUAUGAGAAACAUUCACAUAUUUGUCUCAAGAUACCUCUAUAAUCUCAAUAAUCAGAUUUUUAUUGAACGGACAAGCAACAAUAAACAUUUGAAUACUAUUAAUAUUCGACAUAUUGCUAAUUCGAUUCGAACACAUGGGACAGGGAUCAUGAAUACAACAGUUAAUUUCACCUACCAGUUUUUGAAAAAGAAGUUCUAUAUAUUUAGCCAGUUUAUGUAUGAUGAACAUAUCAAAUCCAGAUUGAUUAAAGAUAUUCGGUUUUUCAGGGAGAUCAAGGACCAAAAUGAUCACAAGUAUCCUUUUGAUAGAGCAGAAAAAUUCAAUCGUGGCAUAAGAAAACUUGGAAUCACACCAGAGGGACAGAGCUAUCUUGACCAGUUCAGGCAGCUCAUCAGCCAGAUUGGUAAUGCUAUGGGCUAUAUACGCAUGAUAAGAUCUGGUGGUCUUCAUUGUAGCAGCAAUGCCAUUAGAUUUGUUCCGGAUCUUGAAGACAUUGUGAGUUUUGAAGAGCUCGUGAAGGAAGAAGGGCUUGCAGAAGAAACACUUAGAGCAGCCAGGCAUUUGGACUCAGUCCUCAGUGAUCAUACACGAAAUUCUGCUGAAGGUACAGAAUAUUUCAAAAUGCUUGUAGAUGUUUUUGCUCCAGAAUUUCGAAGGCCAAAGAAUAUACAUCUCCGAAAUUUCUAUAUCAUUGUUCCUCCUCUUACUCUGAACUUUGUAGAACAUUCUAUAAGUUGCAAGGAGAAAUUGAAUAAAAAAAACAAAAUAGGAGCUGCAUUUACUGAUGAUGGUUUUGCCAUGGGUGUGGCUUAUACCUUAAAACUUUUGGAUCAAUACCAAGAGUUUGAUUCACUUCAUUGGUUCCAGUCUGUUAGAGAAAAAUACAUAAAGGAGAUAAGAGCAGUUGCUAAGCAACAGAAUGUGCAGUCAACUAGUCAAGAUGAAAAACUGCUCCAAACCAUGAAUCUCACUCAGAAGAGACUGGAGGUCUAUCUACAGGAAUUUGAACUGCUGUAUUUCUCCUUGAGCAGUGCAAGAAUUUUCUUCAGAGCAGACAAGACUGCAGCUGAAGAGAACCAAGAAAAGAAAGAGAAGGAAGAAGAAACUAAAACAAGCAAUGGAGAUGGACCUGAGAGCACUGUGUCCGUGGAUCCUGUAGUGAAAUGAUGGUGUGCAAUCAUCAGACAUGUCAUGAUGCUAUGAUGUGCUUGAUAAGUUGUCAUUUCCCAGGUCACACCUAUGGAAACUGUACGGCAAUGCUCUGGAGUCAAGCCCACUUUAUUUCUGAUGCUCUAGCUUUCAAGGGCCGAGAAACAAAUGCUAAGUCUGGAUCUCUGGAGUGUAGGCUGAAGAGGCCCCUGCACAACUCUGCCAUGAAGCUGGAGAAGGGCAAGUCCAGAUCCCUAACUCAUCGCCUCCAUUCCCUGUACUCUUGUGUUUGUAAUGUGUCUGUGUCUUUGAUUCAUGUUGAUCUCAAGUCAUGGGAAAGUCAGUGCAUAUGCAGUACACAGCCAGUAAAUAAAUACACAGUUAAAAAAGAGCUGAGCCUGAAAGUCAUGAAGCAUCUCUCUCAGAGACUGUGUGAGGAUGCUAGACAUGAGCAGAGCGUUACUGCCUGUGCACAGUGUGGCCAGCUGGGGAUCCUUCCUAUGUUGUUGGACUCCACGUGACUCACAUGAGCUGCUGAUGUCUUUGGUGAGACAUUUCGUAAUAGUUUACAUUGUUUGGGAACAUUUAUCCUCCAGCAAUUGCUUUAAAUUUAAGAUUUAAUAUUCAAAGAAAACUCAGAUUAAGCCAUAGAUGGAAUCCCACUUGAAGUUUUACUAGGUUUGAAGGCACUCUGUGAUACUAGGGAAGAAAAGAAUGAAUUAUCUACAUCAAAACUCAGGUUUCUUCAUUACAUUAAGUUGAAAUCUUGGUGAAAGUUGAGGCAGAUUUUUACUUUAAAUCAAGUAUAAUCUAAGGCAUAAGAUUAAAUAAUAACUGCACUAUGACAGGCAUUCAGUAAUAUACCACUGUGAGAAUGAAACUAGUAAGUCACUUACUGAUUUUAAAAGAAUAAAAGACUUUGAGUAAAUUUAGUUCCCAACAAGCUACUAGCUUUAUUUUUGUAAAGGUAUGCUAGUUGAUAGUUAAGUGGAUUGAUUAAUCAUGGCCUUUUUUGAACGUAUAAUAAAAUAAUGAUGCCUUUGGGAUGAAAAGGAAGGUUUAGAACUUUAAAUAUAAUACAGACUUUUUUGGGGGGGUGGGGAAAUGCUUGUUUUUUAUUGCAUUUACCUCCUUAACCAUUUCUUCGGAUACAUCUUGCACGUAAUCCUAACACUUAGAAUUCUGACAUUCUUCCUUGGUUCCUGCGUUUGGAGUGGAGAUAUAGUGCCCAACCCAGACUUAGUGGUUACGGUCAGGGUAACUGUCUCAGCCCAAGCUAAAUACUUUGACUCUUAAGUCAGAAGAAACAGAAUAGAUUGGAAAUGGUUUUUAUUAUAUAAACAUGGCUUAGAGAAUUAUGAAUAGAAAGGAUGGAUUAAAGGCAUUUAAUGUUUGUAAUUGAUACUAACUGUAGAGAUGGCCCUAAAGCAUGCUGCAUAAUUAAUAAUUUAUAUUUUCAUUAUUAUAAAUGUUUAUAUUAAUGAUACUGGAUUUGAUUAUAUCAGAUUAGUCACCAUUUUAUAGUACCAAUAUUUUCUGUCUUUUUCUUAAAAAUGUUCUUUGUUUAAUUAUUCCUGAACAUGAGAGUUCACAUACUGACUCCUUGGACACUUAAAAUUGGGAAGUGACACGUAACUGUUUUACUUUUAGUUAAAAAUAAUGUCACUAUAGUCUGGAUAAAUUAUAAUAAGUUCAUGUAUUUGAAAUAAAGUCUCUGGAGAGAAAUAUUUAAAUGGUAUUAAACUGCUGAGCAACAGGGCUUCAGUAUAUUCACACCUGGGUUACUGUAUAUGUUGGAUGAUGGUUUUCCUUUGCUAACAAUAUUUUUUCAGAAAUAUUGUAAUUUAAAUAUUAACAUGAGUGUUUUGUUGUAAACUCACAGAAAACUUAAUGAUGUUCAAAUUCUCAGGAAUUAAGAACUAACCAUAACAUUGUCAGUUCUGAUUAAAUUUUGUAAAAGACAGCAAGUUUGUUAUCUCACUUGAGUGGGGUUCUCCUUUCCCCUGGCUCUAAUAGAAUACAGUAUGUAUAAUAAAGCAUUAAUAAAUAUAAUUUCAAAACUGU